UACUGUGGCGUCGUUUCCUGAAGAAAGUGACGCGUGUGAAUUUCUUUCGUGCAAUAGGUUGACAUUUUCUAGAGAUUGAGAAAAUAAAGAGAUAGGAAUAAUGGCCGAUCAACCGGAGUGGAAGCCUGUCGUGCAAAAAAUAGUCAAGGAACUCGAACAGGCAUUUGACGUGCUGCAGAAAACUUGGGAAGGCAUUGGAUGCACCAAGGAUAUGCGAUCGACGUACUAUGACCAAGCGCAUAGUCACGUAAAGGAAUUAUUAAACGACAUGGUCGCCGAGGCACAGUCAAAGCAGCAGCUGUUGUUUGCUAACAUACAGGAUCUCUUCAAACAAACAACGUCAUUGUAUGCAGAAUUGCAAAUGGAGGUGAUAUCCAAAACAUAUGAUCAUGUCCCUUUGUGCAAAGUCGAACAAAUUCUUCAAACAGAUUUACAAAAUUUAGAAUGCAUAAAGAAAGAACGUAUUGUAAUUCUCAAGGAAUUAUUAUCGAAAGAACAAGAAAUUUGCAAGAAGCUCGGCUGCAAAGCGUUAAACAUAGUUGAGGAUGUUGUACCUACGGAGCAAGAUCUUGAGAGUUUUAAACUUUAUCUACAAAAGCAAGAGAUUGAGAAAACACAUUUGGAGAAUGUUUUUACAGAUAUACGUCGUUCUAUAAUCAAAAUGAUGAAUGAUUUGGAAAUAUCUCCAUCGCCAUUUAUAGAGUUAGUCUGCAACAAUCCUGAGGAGUUUGUGCUGAAUACGAAUAAUAUGACAAAACUAAAAGAAUAUAGGGAUGAAUUGAGUAUGCAGAUAGAAGAUACAAAGUGUUGCAUCGAAAAAAUGAAGGAAGAUUUAUUGGCAUUAUGGAAAUAUCUUGACGAGCCUGACGAUGUUUGUCAAUCAUUCCUUGAAAAAUAUCCUGGAUACAACACUAAUACCAUAAAUGCUCUUGCAGCAGAAAUAAAGCGUUGUAAGGAAAAAAGAAAAGAGAAUAUCCUCAAAUAUGUCACACAGAUUAGAUAUGAACUGCUAAAUUUAUGGGACUUAUGUAAAUACUGUGAAGCAGAAAGAAACACAUUUGCACCAUUUUUUUCUAACACAUUCACAGAGGAUCUGUUAUCGUUGCAUGAGUUAGAAGUGGAGAGACUGCGCAAAUUUUAUAACGAUAAUCGAACGAUAUUUGAGCUUCUAGAACAACGUGAAAAUUUGAUAACGAAAGUUAAGGAUUUGCUUCAGCGAGCAAACAAUCCCGAUCGCUAUCACAAUCGCGGAGGCCAAUUGUUGAUGGAAGAAAAAGAGCGCAAUGCUAUACAAAGGAAGUUACCCAAAAUAGAAGUAGAACUGAGGAAGUUGAUUAAGGAAUACGAGACUACUCAUAAUCAGAUGUUUACUAUUUAUGGCACAUCGUUGGAAAAUGUUUUAGCAGAGAGUUGGGAAAGUGUCACUCUCGAGAGAGAGUCGAAGAAAAAGGCAAGGAAAGAGGCAAAAGAUAAAUCAAUUAAGAAAUCGCCUUUAAAUAGUUCUAAGCGAACGCCAGGUAUGUUGAGCGUUCACAGAGGGCCAGCACUAGGGUUAUCGAAACGUAAACUUUUCAGCCCAUCUCCCAAUUCGUCAUUAAAACGCAGAAAUAAAAAUGGCGACAAGAAUAAACCUACUAUCACUGUAUCCAAAAUCAGAAGGAGCGGAAGACUUCCAAAGAUUGGUCAAAAAUCAGGCAGAUCUUCCAAAGGCGGACAAAAAAGAAAAGAAUCGCAGUCACCUGUUAAUAGCAUCACAGAUACGACAUAUAAUCAGUUUCAGGGUCAUAUGACGGACAGAGAGGAAUUGCACAGCUCAAUGUUGCCAGAACAGAUACUAAGGAGUGCUAAUAGACUCAAUAUCAACAAGACACCAGUUCGAACACCCAUGAAACCAUUGAGGAAACAUCUUUCUGCCACAACAACACCAUCUUUCACUCCUCUCUCUGCACGCAAAACACCGCACAGCCCCAGAGUCAUUAACACCCCGAAAUUAGCGACGGCCCCGAGUAACUUGCCUUUCAUCUUUUAAAUGAGAUCGAAAUAAUAUAUAUUUUUUUAUAUUAUGACAUAAUAAAGCAAAACUACAUUGUUUAAUAGUCUA